AUACACCCAUUAAACAUAAUCAGAAGCAGACACACUUGAUUCUUAAUAUUCUUGAUAAUAAAUAAAAAAAGCCAUGUACAAUCUACAGUUGAGUUUACAGUACUCGUACUCGGUACCUACUACAAACUACACAGCAGCAUAAAUAUUAAGUGAAGAAAGUUAGAAAAGAGUUUUAGUUGGCAAGAGCAAGACCAAGGCCUCAAUUGUAUUUAAGUUUGUUGCUACAACUGAUAUAAUUAUAAGCGGAAAAAAUAUUUUUUAUCACAAUUCACAAUCCUCAAGCGCAUGAAGAUAAACCAACAAUAAAAGUGAUUAAUAAAUAAUGAAUAAAAAUAAAUAUGAAAUAAGGAUGCUAGUGACAUAAGUGUCGUGAUUAAUAGUCCAGCUGCAAGACAAUAAAAAUCUCAUCGAGUUUAAUUAAUGAAUAGUUAUUUAUUAUUUAAAUAAAUAGUUGUUUAGGUACUUGUAUUUAUUUAUUAUUAGUAAUAUAUAUGUAAAUAAUCCGGUAUGUUUGUGCUGAUACCGUUGGUGAAUAUUACUGUGGGAUGAAUGAGGAAGAGCUAUUAAAACGAUCCGCUGCUGAGCGGGACAGAAUAUUCAGCUGUUACGAUCGUGGUAGAGAGAAUGGUGCUCAGAUUAAUUCGUGGGAAGAUCCUGGGUAUGAAGUUUAUCAUACAACAGAUAGAUAUGGUUUCAUCCAUGAUAAAAGAUUGCCACGUAAAUUGGAGACCAACGAGAUUAAAAUGCAUCAGGUUGAAAUGGAGCGAGUAAAAAAGUGGGAGAAAAUGACAAAACAUUGGGAAAGUCCGGUUACCAAAGAAAAAUUAAGAAGAAGGGUUUACAAAGGGAUACCGGAUCGUUUCAGAGGACAAGUUUGGUCACUAUUACUUGGUAUUCAGACACUGAAACAGGAACAGGCUGGAAAAUAUGAGGAGAUGCUGCAGCUUGCCAGACAGUGGUCCACUGAAAUUCGACAAAUUGAUGCUGAUGUUGCUCGACAAUACCGUGAUCAUAUUGACUACAGAGAGAGAUAUAGCAUUAAACAAAGAUCAAUGUUUUACGUACUAGCAGCUUACAGUAUGUACAACAUGGAAGUAGGAUACUGUCAAGGAAUGUCAGUUUUAGCUGGACUAUUAUUAUUAUACAUGAAUGAAGAAGAUGCCUUUUGGGGAUUGUCUAUCCUACUCGCAGAUAAGAAGUACAGCAUGCAUGGACUUUAUAUUGAGGGGUUUCCAAAAUUAAACCGAUUUAUUGAGCACCAUGAUAAAAUAAUGAAUAAAUUUCUUCCGAAAUUAAAACGCAAAUUAGACAAAUGCGAAUGUGACUCGAUGCUUUAUGCGUUUAAGUGGUUUUUUGUUGUAUUUCAAGAACGCACACCGGUUAGUCUUGGUCUUCGUAUUUGGGAUAUAUUCCUGUUAGACGGGGAUCGCAUACUACCAGCGAUGGCGUACACGGUAAUGAAGCUUCACAAACGGUAUCUAAUGCCGUUAGACAGUCUCGAUGAGUUCUGUAACUAUUUACAAGUUAAAUUGGAAAAAGACUUUCGCUUUGACGAUGACACUGUUAUCACUUCAGUUGAACGUAAUAUGGAAGAACUGAAACGUAGUAAAUUAGAUUAUCCUGGAGCGCCAAUGCCACAUGAAUUACCACGAUUUCCACCUGGAACUUUUAAAGAACCUACUUUUACUAGUAAAGUUGGAAUACGAGCUGAAGAAUUCAGUGAAGCCCAAACAGUUUUGCGGGAUUCAGUGGCUCAACGUAGAGAGAUGGCGAGCCUAGAGGACCCACGAGGCAGCCCAAUACCAGGAGACCCACCUAGUAGCAGCGACCUUGGUGACGAUGUACUUGCAGGAAGUAAAUUCUCGUUCGAUCCAAGCCUGGAUGACGGUGGAUCACCUAGCGGAUCGAGACGUUCUCUAGCCGAUACAUCGGUUACUUCAACGGCAGACCUGUCGGUCUUUAGCUCAGCAACAAGAUCUCAAGCCCUGGAUAAUAGUCUUGAUACUCAGAGCAAUUUAUCCGUCGGCAGUUCUAAUAGUGGAGGACUUCCUACGCCUCGUGCGACUCCCCAUCAUCCCAGUCCGGAUAUUGUUCGGAUUUACGUACCUUAUUCACCACUAUCACCGGCCUCUUACGAAGAGGAUCUACAACGCACUCUUCCUCAUGUUCUUGAGACAAAUAAAAUUCGCAUAAAAAUAGAUCCCGACGAAACGCCAAUUGUUGAAAAUCUUAAACCUUUUUCUCUCGAGAGUCCUGAAGUUGAAUUAGACUUGAAAUAAAUUAGACACUUGUUAAUUAAUUACAC